AUGGGAAACAUCGCCGGGCUGCGCUUAGCUGGUUGCGGCCCUACCUCAAUGUGUACAGGAGUGGGAAACUGCGGAGACUGGAAGAACCGUCAAACCUCGUCCGAUGGGCUGGUGCUGGGACCGUGGGGCAAGGGCUCAUCCCCUUCGUAUGAGUACCCUGCGUGCGGGUCUUCAUCAACACCCAGGAAUCCCUUCGAGGGACCUCAGCUAGAAAGUCCUGCCUCUUCCGCAAGUCCUGCGCGUGAUCUUGUCAGGAAGUUCGUGCGCGAUAUGUUACAGGGUGUGGCGGCAGUUCUUCCCCCUGCAUGGCCUGGGGACGUGUGUGGACACAACGUGACAGUGUCCUUGGAUAAGAGGAUGAAGGUCCUCUGCGUGCGUUCUACUGAUCCUUCUGUGGAAGUCUCCACGCAGCUCGGUGUCCCGCUGACCAGCAUUGCCAGUAUAGCUUUUGGGUGCUGCAAUCCAGGGGAGGGGCGGCUGAGCGCGACAGAGCACUCCGUCACCCUCUUCUUGGACGAAGGCUACGGCCCGUCCAUAGUGCUCGAGUUCCGCGACCUGGAGGAACGCGAUACCUUUGCCAUCUGUUUGUCCAUGUUCGUGGACGGCAGAAAGGCAUGGCAGCCGUCCGGGUGCGAGGCAGUUGAGGUGACUGUGAAAGCCUUUGCCGAUCACUUCUCCCAGUGCGUGCCAUCCUUCAUCGAAAGGCACAUGCGCGCGAGCCAGAGCACGCCGGAGCUGCAUCAACUCGAGAGGUCUCCUUCCGGCGGCCUCGCCUUCAGAGCCUCCCAGCCACGCUCGCUCGAAGGAGAGACACCUGCCGUCGGAAACAAGCUCGACUUGCGAAGGCGAGCAGCUGAGAUCGUGGCCCUGAACUCGCUCUACGCGCAGUCCAGCUCUGGGAGCCUGCAGCAUGCAGCCAUUCCACGGAUACGGCAUGUCCUGGAGGCCAGAGACGAGCUUCUUGCCGAGCAAGCCAGUGAGAACCGCGGCAUGAUACGUGACAAGCAUUGGGUGCGUGAUCGUCUUCGUCGCGAGAAGGCAUUUUCGGCCCAGGUUCCACCCACUGUUCAGGCUGAGCCCAAGUGGGUCCUGCGAAGAGGGACGUGGUACUACGAAGGCGGUCCAAAGCCAGAGAGGCUACCUGCAGAUGAGGCAAUGGACAACUUCGUGAAGGCAGAGGAAGCUAGAGGUCAGCCACUCGGAUGCCAACAGCGCCGGCACGCUGAAGUGAAGCGGUGCCUCCGAUCUCUUCAAGCUCUAGCUUAA